AUGUACUUGCCGGUUGAGCCAAACUUUCCGCUGCUGGACGCUCUUUUUUUCCUGAACACAAGCCCGAGAAGGACGAUGGUUGGGCUGCAGUUUACUACGGCGGCUGCGCAUGACACAACGGACAGUAAAUUGAAGGAUUUUGAUGAUGAUAUGACGAAGUGCUUUAACAAUUGGGGCAACAUUUCCCGGGACUUGUCUUUGGAGAUUAUUUAUGUGCAGCAUGCCGGCAGUGCGCCAAUGCGUCGGUGGCAGAAGUGCGCCGGUAUCGAACGCUUGACGAGCGAAAAGGAUGAGAGAAUUGCGAAGUUGUGGACAGACGCACAUCAGUAUCGGCUGACGUUACUAUACGAAGACGUCCCAAAUUUCCGACUUAUUCAAUAG